AUGUUCGAAACGUCAGCUUCAAUUCGACAAACUAGGUUAGCGUACUCAGAUGGAUUUCGUAAGAGCCGUUAUUGGGGUAACUUGUCUCCUUAUCAUCCAGCAGAUGGAUUCGGUGUUGAAUAUAACGAAAUACCCUCAGACUGUAAAGUAUCUCAAGUUCAUAUUUUACAUCGACAUGCUCAACGGUUUCCCACAUCAGCAUUCGAUGACGGUGGAAACACCCAACGAUUCGCUUACAAAGUUGGAAACGCCUCUGUUAAUGGAAUACUCGGUGCAACAGGUGCACUAGCUUUCCUCAACAAAUACCAAUACAGAUUAGGACUAGAGACAUUGACUGCAAUCGGCGCACGAACGGAAUUUGCUGCUGGGUCACACUUCUGGACACGCUAUGGACGACUAUUAUACAAUGAAAUGAGCGGAUCUGUUCGGUGGAAUGAUAGUCUCAACGUCUUCCCCAACGGAACCGCACGACCGAAACCACUUUUGCGAACAACUAGUCAAGAGCGAAUCUACGAAUCAGCGAGAUGGUGGGCUUCUGGCUUCUUUGGCAACUUAGAUGGUGGAUCAUCUAGUACGAGUUACAAUCUCUUGAUCAUACCAGAAGGCGGAACGGAAAAUAAUACACUUGCUUCAUACGAUUCAUGUAUCAACAGUGACAAUCACGUCGUUGCGCACAUUGGAGACUCCGCUCAAGCCAUCUUUUAUAACAAUUACCUUCAAGCUGCUCUUAAGAGAUUCUCGGUUCUCUUGAAUCCUGAAUUCAACUUGACCACCAUGGACGUUUAUGCAAUGCAAACAAUCUGUCCGUACGAAGUGGCAUACCUCGGAAGCUCAGAUUUCUGCCGUUUAUUCACAGAACAGGAAUGGAUUAAUUUCGAUUAUUCUCUUUCCAUCCAGUACUAUGGUGAUUACUCUUUUGGAAAUCCAACUGGUCGAGCACAAGGGAUCGGAUACGUUCAGGAA